GAAAUAAAUAUAUAAAAAAUUAUAAUGUUAAAUAUGAGUGUUAAACGUGAGGCUCCACAUGGCAAAUCAAAGAAAAUGUCGAAUUCAAAACGAUUGAAAAGACAAUUGGAAAACGAAGAGGAAGAAUUCAGGUUAUCCAAGCUCCUCUUCGACAAUGGCGAAGGCUUACUAGAAAACUUAAACAAUGAAGACCUUGACCAAGAUAUUCUCGACCAACUUGACUCUGAUACUGAUGAACGCAAACCAGCCUGGAACGAUGAAGAAGAUGAAGACACAACAGUAGGAAAAGCCUUAAAUGCACAAAAUCGUGUCCUGCCCGAAGGCGGGAUAAAUGAUCGCGGUAAUAAAUACUCUAAUUUGUUAAAAGAAAAGUUUAAGACUGUUUAUGGGACUCCAAAAUGGGCAAGUCUUGACCGUGAAGCAGAAGAAGGUUCUGAUGAUGAAAUUCUUAGGAGUAAUAAACAUAUUGUUAAAUCCAAAGCGAAGAAUUUGCCUAAGAAUGUUUUGGAUAUUAAAAGAAUGAAGGAUUUGAACAAAGACACUUAUAGUGAAGGCCCCAUUGUGUCUUCUGUAGAUUUCCACAAAGGCUCCAGUGUUGCCUUAGCAGCAGGCUUGAAUGGUGUGGUAUCAAUUUACGCAGUGGACGGUCGUGAAAAUGAAAAACUACACACCCUAGGAUACAACAGAUAUCCUAUCCACAACGCCAAGUUUUCCCAAGAUGGUGAAGAAGUCAUCCUGGGAGGCCAACACUCCUAUUACCACUGCUACAACUUAAUGUCCGGGGACACCAAACGCAUCAUGUUACCCCAUAAAGUGACACAAAUGAAAAUCUAUGAAUUGUCACCAUGUGGUAAAUAUAUUGCAAUUGGUGGCAGGUUUGGUGAAGUUUUUGUUCUGAGUAGUAAAUCUAAAGAGUUGCUGUGUACGAUGAAACAAGCUACAAAGUGUACCGGGAUGGCUUUUAGUGAAGAUGGUGCAAGGUUGUAUUGUCAUGGUUCUGAGAAUGAGGUCACUGUUUUUGAUAUGAAAGAAAGGAAGGCUAUGAAGAAAUUUUUGGAUGAUGGUUGUUUGGCAGGGUCCUGCAUUGAUUUGAGCCGGAAUGGACAGUAUUUGGCAACUGGUAGUGCAGAAGGUGUAGUCAACAUCUACGACACAACAACACUGUUCAAAUCAAACAACCCUGACUACUCCCCGAAGCCACUGAAGUCCAUAAUGAAUUUAAGAACAGGAAUUACUGGUGUGAAAUUCAAUCCAACGAAUGAAAUUCUAGCCCUGCAUUCAGCUGAUGUCGAUAAUGCAAUCAGAUUAGUUCAUUUACCUAGUACUACUGUUUUCCAAAACUUCCCUGGAAUGAAUAAUUCCACAGGAUUUGGUCGAGCGACAAAGGUGGCAUUCUCACCAGCCAGCGGGUAUUUUGCUAUUGCUAAUAAUAGGCAUUCGGUAGCUCUUUAUAGGCUAAAGCACUAUAAUAAUUAUUAA